AUGCCCCGCCCCAAGACCGAGAAUAUUUACACUAGCCUGUGUCCACCCUUUACCAUGUCUCUCAGCUCCAAAGAACUUGUCCUUCCUCGUCCGGGACAAGCAUCUGGUGCGAAGAAACAACCAGUUACAGGUCCACCUGAACCGGCGUUCACCAAUACCUUUGGUACUCUACUACCGCCUGCAAAUUAUCUACAGACGACCAAUGGAAAAGCCGCCUAUUACGAUCUCCCCCCGUCUGUAUUUGAUGCUGGCUCAGCGAUACCGGAACGCGUGCUACUCAUCCAUGGCGUACAGACUCCUGCUCUAGGCCUACUUCCCCUGGCGCGCGCUUUGCAAGCUCCUUUCCCGAAAACACACUUCGUCCUCUUUGAUCACUGGGGUCAUGGUUUGAGCGAUACACCUAUCGCCCCGCACGAACCAAGUCUGUUCCACGGCCUGAUAGAUGCGCUGCUGGAUCAGCUAGACUGGCCUACCGUCCACCUCAUCGGAUACUCUUUCGGCGGAGCGCUGUCGCCCGCGUAUGUUGUUUCGCGUUCGACAAGAGUACAGAGCUUUACUCUUAUUGCACCUGCGGGGCUCAUGCAGUUGUCAUGGCUAAAUGCUGAAGAACAGGGACAUGUGCGCGGUGGCGGCGACGAGACUGCAGCACGAAAGUGGGUGCAUAGGUGGCUUGAAGGCGGCGAGCUGGUUGUACCGAAUGACUGGGAGGAGAGAGUUGAAAAGGGUCAGGUUGUUGCACCGGCGCUGAGGGGAUGGCAGUUGCGUGAACAUGGCGGGCAUUCAGCGUCUGUUCUUGGAAUAAUCCGGGAUGGCGGUAUCUUUGACAACCACGAUACUUUCGCGAAGGCGGCACUUACUGGGAUACCGUCGUUGGCCGUCCUGGGCGAAUUGGAUGACAUAGUGUCUCCAGAGGCCCUGAAAGAUGUCGGCAUCACGAACGUAGUGGUUGUUCCCGAAGCUGGACAUGGCGUAGUCAGGGAAAGCGUGCCGGAAGUUGCUGCUGUUAUCACUGGGUUCUGGAAACAGCUGAAGUAG